CGAAAAAUAUACAGGGAAAAAAUAGAAUCCACCUUUGUUAUAGUAGGAGGUGGUAUAGCUGGAGUAUCCUGUGCCGAAGGAUUGAGUCUUCUCGCUCCAGAAGAAAGUGUAAUUUUAAUUACUGCUAGUCCUUUGAUAAAAGCCGUGACAAAUAUAGUUCCACUAGGCAAAACAUUAAUGCAUUUUGAUGUAGAAGAGAAAAGCGCAACAGUCUUGGAUGAAAAACAUAAAAUGUUACAAGUUAUUCAUGAUAUUGUUGUCAGAAUUGAUACUGUUGAAAAAUUAAUAGAAAUUAGCAAUGGAACAAUCAUAAGUUUCAAAAUGUUGUGUCUUUGUACCGGCGCGAAACCAAAAUUGAUAGCAGAAAACAAUAAUCUUAUUGUAGGUAUUCGUGACACGGAAUCUGUACUACAGUUCUCUCAUAAACUUAAAAAUGCCAAAAGAGUCAUAAUUGUUGGUAAUGGAGGAAUUGCUACCGAAAUUGUACAUGAGAUUAAAGGCGUAGAAAAGAUUUGGGUAAUUAAAGAUAAACACAUUUCCGCAACUUUUGUCGAUCCAGGAGCUGCCGAAUUUUUUUUGAACAAAAUUUAUUCCAAAUCUGAUACGCCGGAAAACGAAGAUAGACCAACCAAAAGAAUGCGAUAUGUAGUGUCAGACACCACAUCAAUUAAAGAUGGAGCUGCUCUUGGUCCAGAUUGGCACAACAGUUUUGACAUGAGUGGAACAUUUUUUACAUCAUCAAAUGUAAAUGUCGAGUAUGAAUGUGAGAUAUCAAAACUACUUACUCCCGACGAGCAAAAGCAGCUUAAUUCUACAGAAAAAUGGCCAAUCUAUGCACAACUAACAAAUGGUAAAAUUAUUGGAUGUGACCUUAUUAUCUCAGCAACAGGUGUUAUUCCAAAUUCCGAUAUAUGUGGAUUGGAAGAUCUCAAAAGAGGAGAGGACAACGGAUUAUUAGUAGACUGGAAAUUAGAAACUUCAGAGAAGGAUAUCUAUGCUGCUGGAGAUGUUUGUACUGCGGAUUGGCAAAAAGCGAAACAUUGGUUUCAGAUGAGACUUUGGACGCAGGCUCAUCAAAUGGGUUGUUACGUUGCAAAGUCGAUGGUCUCGAAUUUAAAAAACGAAGAAUUCUUACAAGACUUCUGCUUUGAGCUCUUCACUCAUGUGACAAAAUUUUUCAGUUACAAAGUCGUCUUACUCGGCUUGUACAAUGGACAAACUUUAGGAAAUAAUUAUGAAAUACUUCUGCGAAUCACUAAAGAUCAAGAAUAUGUUAAAAUUAUUCUAGAACACGGCAAAAUGCAAGGCGCAGUACUCAUCGGGGAAACAGAUUUAGAGGAAAUGUGUGAAAAUUUGAUUCUUAAUCAGUUAGACCUAAGUAUGUAUGGAGAAGAUUUGUUAAAUCCUAACAUCGACAUUGAAGAUUAUUUUGAUUAAUAUACUAUUAAUUUUUUUUGUUAACAUAUUUGUCUGUAUUAAUUCAACUUCAGCUUAUUACUGUAAUAAAACAACACAAUUAACUCAACUAUGCAUAUGUUUGAGCACCAGUUUUAAA